GAACACUACAAUCCUAUUUUACAACAAAAAAAGUCUCCUUUCUCCGCUGCACAUGUCAAGACUUCAAAAAUCACUAGUCUGUCGCACAUAUGGGCCAACUUUCUCACCUAUUGUAGCUUUGAAAGAAGGCUAACUACUGAUAUUAUCAUCAACAUUUUUUUAAUAUUUUAAUCGAUCGUAGCUUGCCUGGAAUCCCGGAAAUCUUCCUGAAUAGCGUUGGAUGCGAAAUUAGGAAGCCUAGCGGGAAGCAUCUGCAGCAGAAUCUGCUUAUGUCAGGUGUUCUUCUGUCCACUGCUGUAGUCAAGGCACGGAGCGGUGAGAUAGAGGUGGAUUGCAUCGAAGUCACUCUCUGCCAUUGUCAUACAUUUAAAAAAAAAUGUUAGCCUCGAAGCAUUGGUUAUGGAUAAAUUUGAUUAUACUGUGUCUCGGUCAAGCCAGUCUAGCUGCACCUAAAAAGGUUUUUCGAUGCCCUUCGGGAUGCUCGUGCUCCAGGGAGACCAUUAUCUGUGUCGGGACCUCAAGUGUACCACGGACUAUGCCGAAUGACAUCAACUCACUGAGCAUAGUAAAUGGAUCCCUCGCAGAAAUUACAGAGGCCAUGUUCUCCCUCAUGCCAUCUCUGCAGUUGCUGCUUCUCAAUUCAAAUUCAUUGACCACCAUCAAAGAUGAUGCAUUCUAUGGCCUUCCUCAUCUUGAAUAUUUAUUCAUAGAAGGCAACAAGAUUGAGACCAUCGCCAAAAAUGCCCUCAGAGGUCUCCGAGACGUGACUCAUUUGUCGCUGGCUAACAACAACAUGAGGGCUUUGCCAAGGGAUCUCUUCCACGAUCUUGACUCCCUGCUAGAGCUGGAUUUGAGAGGCAACAUAUUUCAGUGUGACUGCGAGAACAAGUGGCUGAUGAUGUGGCUGAAAAACACCAACGCUACCGUAUCGGAUGUCAACUGCGCAGGUCCCAUAGAAAUGAAGGGCAAACGCCUGAACGACCUUCCCAUCCCGCCAGACGAGUGUAUCUCCACGGACUUUGUCCAUCAUCAGUCCAUUCCAACCCAGGCUUUGUCGGCUGACAUUUUCUCCCAUAAGGAGGACAUUUAUGUGGCGAUGGCUGACCCCAAUUACAACAGCUGUGUGGUCAUGGAAUGGGACCACAUUGAAAUGAAUUUCAGGCCUUUCGAUAACAUCACAGGAAAGUCUGUUGUUGGAUGCAAGUCUGUUCUGAUUGACAACCACGUCUUGGUAAUCGUGACUCAGCUCUUUGGCGGAUCCCACAUCUACAAGUUUGAUGAUCAGCAAAACAAGUUCACCAAGUUCCAAACCAUUGAGGUCUUCAACAUCUCCAAACCCAAUGACAUUGAGGUGUUCCAAAUAGCCGGCGAGUGGUACUUCAUCAUUGUGGACAGCUCCAAGGCAGGCCUAUCUACUCUGUACAAGUGGAACGACCAAACGGACCGGAACGAGACCGGUUUCUACUCCUACCAGUUCCUCCACGAGUGGUUCCGAGAUACGGACGCCGAGUUCGUUGAGCUAGACGGGAAGUCCCACCUCAUCUUGGCCAGUCGCUCUCAGGCGCCUGUCAUUUACCUCUGGAACAAGAGCAGCCAGAAGUUCCAGCUGCACAACGAAAUCCCAAAUGUUGACGACGUGGUGGCGGUCAAAGCCUUCCGGGUGGACGAGGAGCUCUACCUGGCCAUGACGUGCUACAUCGGUGACUCCAAAGUCCUCAAGUGGACAAGCAAGCAGUUCACUGAGGUGCAGGCCCUGCCUUCUCGUGGCGCUAUGGUCCUCCAGCCGUUUUCAUUCAAGGACAGGCACUACUUGGCCCUGGGAAGUGAUUACUCCUUCACACAGAUCUACUUGUGGGAUGAGGAGAUCAAAAUGUUCUCUAAGUUCAAGGAUAUCUAUGUGCAGUCUCCACGUUCUUUCAAUGUGGUGUCCACUGACCGGCGUAAUUUUUUAUUUUCCUCCAGCUUCAAAGGGAAAACUAUGGUCUUUGAGCAUGUUAUUGUCGACAUAAGCCUGUGAAACUAGAAAGCUUUUAUUUGUGCCUAACACCAUCAAAUGAUUGUUUCUGACACAUUUAUACCCCUGGCCAUGAGUAGUAAAUUAUUUAUUUAUUUCAUGAAAGAUGAAUAUAGUGUUUUAAAUUAGUCUUUUUCAUUUGCAAUGAACUAUGGUUUAGACAGUCUCUGCAAAACUAUGAAUUUCUCUUUGUUUACGUUUGUUAACAUUUUGUUAUUGAAUGUAAUGAUAGAUUGGUAAAAUGAUUUCCCUGUUAAGUGUGAAACCAAAAUAAUCAUAUUAAAGCAAUGACAAUAUGUGAAAUGUAACCCGCAUGCUGAACAAUUGGCUGCCAAUACCUGCAAUGGUCUUGUACAGUGACUUAUCAGGGAUAUGAUUAUAGCAACUGCACAGUAUUUACAGCUAGCUGUUAAACAUUAACAACUAUUAUACCUUUACUGAACAUAAUGAAAACGGAACUGAAAUUGAUGAUGGCCAGCUAUAUGGUGGAACAGUGCCUGGCUAAUAGCAAAACAGAAUGUCAAUAAUGUAGUAUUAAUUCCUAUGCAAGAUAAUGAUACAUAUCUUUCUGUAUAUUUAAUGCUGUACUUUAUUAUUAUGCUUUAUUAUAUGCUGUACUACAUUAGUACAGUUAGCUAGAAUUUCAUUUAUAUAAUACACAUAUAUUCCUUGUCUUUAGUGUCAUGACCUUGCUGCCUUUACCUUCAACAUGUUAACUAUGCCCUACUACAGUAUGUUACCUCUGUACAAUGUUGAUGUUCUGAACAAAUGGUGUUUUCAGCCACAUCUAUCUAUGUACUGUAUAUAAGUUAGACAUAAAGAACAUUAAUUGAAUGUAGAUUCCAUUUGGCUUUAAGAAUAUCCUCGUGAAAUAAUUGUUCUUCAUUUAUUGUUUAACAUUUGUGGAUUUAAAAUGCAAUAGAAUUAAAGCAUCUGACAGGAAAUAUACUGCA